CAAAUGGCGAUAGAAGUACAGCAAAAGAGGACCUACGUACAGCCCGUUCGUUUCUCGAAACAUUCUUGUACUCGUUCUCGUUCGGCAAAGAAUAUCAAAUAAAACAAAGUUCAUUCUGGUUUUACUUUCACCGACAAGGAAAUAAAGUCUGUGAUACGAUUAUUACGACGACGUCGAGUUGUUUUACUUCGAAAACGAGAUCAUCAACAGCAUAUCCAGUCAAGAAAUUAUGUCGGGUCGCGAUUCUUCGACCUCCCGCUCCCGGUCCGGGGACUCCUCUCGGAAAGCGAAAGAGCGUAAAUCCAAACGGCAGCGUUCGGUGCGGCGCAACCGGAGGUCGUCCUCCUCGCGCGGAAAAUCCAACUCUCCCAUCCGAGAGCGCAGCGCCGGUUCCGACCGUCGUUCGAGGUCGCUACCCUCCAGAAAAAAGUAGGUUUGAUGUUUCGUCAGGGGCGCAAAGGAAUACAUGAAAAAGCAGUUGCAGAAAUUGGGACCACGACCUUGUUGAUCUUGCUGUUCGUUGCAACUCUUUUGGAAUUCGGUUGAAAUCGAAACUGAAACUCGAAAUAUUAAAGCUUCGGCUCGAAGAACCAGAUGAAUUUGGAAUAGCAGUGUAAGGAUUUCUCGCACCUUUAUUUACAAGUACUUAAUUUAUGGCUUCAUGGUCUACUGCUGGUCCAAACGAUGAUGUAUUUGAAUGUAACUUCGCAAAACUAUUGGUGAUACUUCCCGCAUGGAGAUGCAUCUUCACCCGUAAACCUGAUCCCCAUUCACGUAGAACUCAACCAUCUCAAAAAGCAGAACCUUCGCAUUUCCAAGAAGUCCCCUCCUGUGACAUCAAACAACAUUUUUCCCUUGGAUACAAACCGAAAAAGACAAAGUCCGGCGACGGAAAAGGAGAAGAAAAGGCCGAGGAAACCGUGUCAUGUACUCUGAAAUUGAGCAACAACGACGCGGCGUUCGUGCUGGGGCGGAACGGCAAGACGAAAGUGAAGAUCGCCAAUGCCUCGGGGGUGGCAUCACUCAGCAUGGACGACCUCGUUCUGCAGGCGAAAGGAACCCAAGCACAGUACGCUGGGUAAAAACGUCCCCACCCCAUACUUGUCAUGCAGAUUUGCAGUUAUAGGAGGAUUUGUAAUGCGCAUCCCCAUUAGAGGCAUUUCCCAUCGUAUUUUGCACUUUGUAAUGCUGUAAACAGAAUGACUAGAUGGAUUUGUGUUGCGGCUGUACUUGCUAAACUGCACCACACUACAGAGAGGAACUUGUCAUGCUUGACUCCCAAAACUUCGCGAUUUGUGUUGCGAGAUCCCCAUCUUGACCAUGGGGUGGGGACGUUUUUACUAAGGAUACGCAGGUGGACCGUGCGAUGAAGUACUCCAAGUUUCUGACGGCGCAGCGGGUCGGGCCGGUCCUCGUGGAGCGCGAGUCGCACGAUGACGGAGACCUGACCCUGCUGGACGUUCCGAACGACGCCUGCGGGUUUGUCACCGGGCGCGGCGGAAACUUUCUGCGUACCAUCGAAGACGAGUGGUCGGUUAUCCAGGAAAAAAAGUGUGUAAGUGUAACUUUCUUUGAGGAACAGCAUCACAAAUUUGUUCUACAUGACAGAGAAAACCUGCCAUGCAUGGUUUGUCAGGGGAAAUACACACGAAAAGAGGACUUCAUGGCUGUCUGGCAUGACAGGUGUAACUCUGUUGCAUCUUCUGCAACACAAAUUUACACUUACACAGUUCUUUUCUUGCAUAUCGGUCUUGAUGUUCUUCGCUGAUUACAACGGCAAGAAGGACUAUCAAAGAAAAAAAGUUCGUCACGAUCACUCAUCGGCAAUCUUGCAACACAAAUGGCAUCCGUCAUGCAUCAACAUGCAUCACAGUCGCAUUUCAUACACGAUUUACCUUGUGCUUCUGCUGAAUACAAGAAAAAAGUUGUGAUGCCAAAAAUUUCUCAUGCAAAACCUGCAAGAUAGUGUUAGUGACUUUGACAAACUUUUCUCUGUCCAUAAGGACGGUCGCAUGACCAAGGAGAUGGAGCGACUGGCCAUUUUCGGUGCGGAUCGGCGCAACCGUCGCGGCGCAGAGCUGAAGGUGCUGUCCGCUAUCGAGUCGAAGUGCGCGGGGUACUUCGAAAAGCACCGAGCGGAAAUUCUCGCCCGCGACGAAGACGGAGAGAAUUGGCGGAGCGGUGUCAUGCCCUUCUCAGACGACUCGCAGCUCUCCUUUGCGCUCGGAAAGAACGGCGCCACCAGGAGGAAGCUGGAAAAAGCCAGCGGCUGCCUGUUGCAGUACAUUGGAAACGUAGCGGUCUUUACUGGUAUAAAAGUUUUCCACGUUGUAGUAGAUUGUAGUAAGUACAUUUACCUAUAAUAUUGCUCCACUUCACUUGCAGUUGUACGGUUGCAGGCGACGCAAGAAAGAUCGGUCAGUUAGGCUAUGUAAGAAAGAUCGGUCAGUUCAUCUCUUUUACAACGCGUCCAUUGAUAUUGAGUGCAUGCUGAUGGACAUAAUUCUCAUGGAGUAAAUUUGAACUGUAGCAAAUGCGAAUGAAAAUUUCGAUUAGGUGAUCGCGCGCGGCGGCGUACCCUCAGACAGUACAUGAAGUGGCUGUUUGCGCAGCUUUAUCCGCCGCAGACACGCCGUUGAGGUCAGAGACUAUCAACCAAGUAUACUAUGGACCUCAGAACAACGAAGAUCAAUUUUGUUUUGCUUUUCGCUUUCCAUGUAUUUUCAUAUCAAACGGAAACCGCAUGUAAUUGUCGCAUGAAAAAUUUUCUUCGCAUGAAUUCAAUUUUUCUCAAUACGUACACAACGCACGCAAGUAAUAAAUAGCGCCUUCUUAAACUUAAUUUUGUCAAGUAUAUGUUCCUGAUCUUGACGACCCGAGGACGAAGCCGCUGUAGCGACUGAAUGUAGAUCUCCACUUCGAAUGCAGCAACUGAAUGCUUGCAGUGUCGCUGACCCCGACUCAUGGUUUUUGCUGGAUAGGCUAGACGGACCUGUUGACGUCCCAGACGCGGAGUCCCGAGAUGACUGCACAAUGCUCAAAAUUCCCCGGGUAAGUCGAAAUACUAUGCGAAAAAAAAGAUAAAAUUCUCUUUCGUUUUGCUGUGCAAGAAUCACCUACACAGUUUUGUUUACAGCAUGUUGAUGCUCAUCGAGAAUGCAAAAUGAAGUGAAACGGUUGUAUAAUUUUUCCACGUUGAGUUUUCGUUUUGCUCCUCGACGUAGUUCUCAAAAAUCGAUUAACAUCAGCAUAAAUCGAAAAACAGCCAUAUAAAAAUUUCUUCCAGGAGUGCGUGGGCUACAUCACCGGUUCCCGUCGCGCAGCCCUUUCUACGAUCGAAAUGGACUUCGGUUGCCUCAUGUUCUUCACCGGUAUCAUAUGACAGUGCACAACUCCCCCUCGUUCUCAUUUCUCAUGCAAAAUACCCAAUCCAUAUCCACGCUUUCCCUUCUGUCACUAUUAUGCAUGACAAGUUCUGGUAGCCCAAAUAGCACUACAAUCCAGUGCAAAUCUGUCAUGCAAAACCGGCAUACUUGCUGGUGCUUGUAUUGCCGUUCAUGCUAUACAAAUGAGGGGGAGAGGGAGUUGUGCAUUCUCAUAUAUCAAGAGUGAGAAAACGCCGUUCGAGUGGCUGGCGAUCUUCGGUGACGAGCAGGCCCGCAAGUAUGAAAGCCUCGGAAUGGAAAUCCUCAAAGUUGAAAUGAUUUCUGAUGCAUGGAAUGCGACGCAAAAAAGACUGUAUUGCAGAGGCCGCAAUGGAGGCCGACUAUUGUCCUGCUGGGGGUGAAAAAUUGGAGUGCUGCUUAGCAUGAGAGAAGGGCACCCCUUUGCCUUCACCUGCAUGACAAACAUGCUUUAAGUGCCCGGGAAAUUUGUCAUGCGCCGACUACAAAUGGCGCUUCAACAGGAGUCGAUUUUUUGGAUUGCAAAUUAUUUUGACUUUGAGAAUAUCCAACCUAGGGCUUUCAUAGCAAGGGGGCCGAGCUGAAAGUGAAAUCUUCGGUCGAGUCAAAGGAGAAGGGCUACUUCUCAAAGGACCUGGAAGAAAACAGGGACGAAUGGAAAAACCCUGGGUAUAGUUGCUUUUCAUUUUAUAUAUUCUGCCAUGCACAGUGGAGCAUGGCGCAGAGCAGACUAUCUACAAGAUCAGCCACGUUGUGUGCGCCGAAUCCACAAAUAUUUUUUUUGUUGAUUCGUGGUGACAACGCACAAUCUAUCAAUAGUGAUAAAUAAAAUGUGCGCUGCAACAUAUCUCAUUAUCGUACAGUAAUACAUGAUCAGACUUAACGUACAACGUUGGGCGUGCGGCAGUGAUCAUAGACCAAGAAAUUGCAAUUUUUCGUCACAACUACGCAAUCUGAUCCGAAGAUUCAAUCUAUCUGAAUUGUCAGGUUUUCGACGGACAUUAUGCACCUGAAGGACGAAGCCAUUGCCUACUGUUUGGGACAAGGCGGAAGUACGCGUGUGAAGCUCGCGCUCGCGUCGGGGUGUCACGUGCAAAUCAUCGGCGAGCAUAUUCUCAUGGCGGGAACCUUGGAAAAGCGACGUGUAUCCACUGCGAAACCGAACUGAUGGCUUGCUAGCUGCAGUGAAUCACAUGUUUUAUUUUGAACAGGUUUUUCAGCAUCAGAAACGGAAGUUUUGUCAUGCGGAAUUGCCAUGCUGUAACUGAAAGAUGAGGAAAUGGAAAUACAAAUAUACUUAGAGAAGUUGUGAUGCUUUAAUACUGCAGUUAGUAGAGAGCGAUUCUUUUGUCAACAGGAUAGCGGAACUGCCACGACUACGUGAAGUGGCUCCUAGAACAGCGGCAUGGCAAAAUGGACGUCGACGCGCGCAAUCGGAAGGACUGCCUGGAAGUUGCCAUCCCGGCGGAGUGCAUUGGUUGGGUCACUGGUAAACACGGAAAUGAGCUUAUCCUGAGUAAGAACGUACCCACACCAGAGUCAGGAUGGGGAUUUUGCAACACAAACCUAGGAGUUUUGUGAGUCACGCAUGACAAGUUGCGCUAUGAAGUGUAGUGCAGGUUAGCAAGUGCAGCCGCAUCACAGAUUCAUCUGCUCAUCCUGUUCACAGCAUCACAAAUUCAAAAACACGAUUGGAAAUGGCUGUCAUGGGUUUGCGCAUUACAAGUCUUCCUGUCUUUGCAAAUCUGCAUUACAUCUCUGGUGUGGGUACCUUUUUACUCAGGAUAGAGCUACGGAAAGUGGAGGAGCAGACACGGACUUUCUGCUUUCUUGCUCGGGAUAUGCAUUUGAUAAAUAGCUUGUUCUAGUAUCGGGGUCGGGAAUAAAGAUAAACGUGCUUUGUUGCUGCAUUGAGUAGAAUCAUGUAGACGAAAAAAUAAAAAAACUGAGCCUCUUUCUCUUAUGUUUCAGGGUUUGUGAACGGUAGAAGUUGCUGGACUAGCAUGAAGGGAAAUCGUAGUUUUGCUUGAAUAAAAACUGUGCGGUUCUCAUCUGCUCGGCAGAUACGACACUCAGUAUGAGUUCUUAACUCGUUGAAAGGGCACGAUUUCUUGGUUUUCAUUCUCUCAGACCCCGACAGGAUUUUUCUUGCAGUUGAUUUUGAUACGAUACCCGAAGACCGAUGUGGAGCGCCUGCUCGUGUUUGGGCAGGAAGAAGGACACAGGAAUCCGGAUCCUACUGGUAAUAUUUCGCGAGUUAUGAAAAUGAAUUAGAACUGUUUUCACCAUGUAACUGUAACUCAUACUCAUCUAGUUCGCUGAGCCUACUACUUCCAUUCUUUCAUAUAAGUCAUUCUGCUAACUCCCUAUCAUUGUAAAAAAGCCAUUCGGAAAAAAUUGUAAAUGCAUAAACUUAUUGCAAUAGCAAUACACGAACACGGCACCAACACCCUUCCAGGUCGGCUGGGCGCGCAGAGGCUCGUAGAGGACCUGAUCCAGGAGAAGCAGAGCUAUGACCGCGAUCGCCGAGGAAAUGGUACCCGGCGUAGAGACAGUCGUCGCCGGCGGUCGAGAUCCAUGAGCAAGCGUCGAGAUGACAGUCGUGGCCGCGGUCGGGGCGCCAGUCGUGGGGGUCGUCGGAGCGGUGGUCGUAGAAACAGGAGCAGAAAUGCAACCCGGUCUCGCCGCCGUGACAGUCGGAGACGCUGAUCGAGAAAAGAAAUGCGGACGAAAUUAUACAGGAGCACCAAAGCGAUGCAUUCGUGGUUUUGGUGUAUUUCGAAGAAUUUGCAUCUCUGGGAGAUGGAGAUUUAGGUUUUAACAGUACAACGAUCAACUUUUUUAUCGAAGGAUAGCGGUCCAACUUGAAAGUGCAGUUUAUGGAAACGGUUAACCACUACCUAUUACGUACCAAUCAAAUCAAACUAGCGAAGACACGACGAACGAACAAUUUUUUUAACUCGUACAACGAACAACCACAAAUCUAGAGUAGCAGCAGGAUUUAAAUUGUUGCUCGACCACCAUGCUCCCUGAUCUUAUGUAUUUACGACAAAAGAUCUUAUUGUAUUUUGACAUUUAGCGAUAGCGACGUGGUGUAUUGCGAAGGGCACCUGCGAACACAGUACUCACCUAUAGAUACAGUCCAAGAAUUCUGAUUCAUAGCUGGAGAGAAAAGUACCGACCUGGUCUUUCAAGAAUGAGAUUGUACCUCGUGUGCACCACGAUUGCAGACGACAGAAGUCGAAGCUCCAGACGCUUCAUUGUUGUAAAAAGAUUUGUACAUAGGAAUUGGCACAAAAUAGCAGGGCCAAUGCUGCCUAUCCAGAGGUUAGUAAGGAGCAACGAUUUACUAACGACGAAGAUUUUUUUACAUGCCUUUGUAUCAGACCAUGAUAAGGUUCAAGUUGCGCCAGGAGACUUUUUCUGUUUUUGAAACUCAUCAACUUCCUUUUGUACCCACAACUAGGUAAGUUUUUCCUUGAAAUGAUUUUAUUAGAAGAGUCUAUGUCUAGCUUAGCGCAUCGCAAUAACGGUUCACUGUGAUGAGAUUUCAAAAAGGUCUAUGCCUAAGGACCAAGACGAAGACCUUUGACGGUCCUGGCACCAGCAGCCUGAUUAUAUUGCGACAUCAUACCUGAAUUUGGUACAUCUAGCGAUCAUUUUUGAUGAAAGUCAGUCGUUUAUUCGGAGCUUGGGCCGCGGAUGGAAGAAUGAAAGUAGAAAGGUGACACAGGAGCAGCCCGG